CGCUUUCGACAAGCUCCUGUUUCGUCGUCUUCGUUCGUCUGCCCAGGAGAGAGGAGGAUGGGCUCGGAGGGGCCGGGGCGCGGGUUCGGAUCCGGGGCGGAGGCGGAGCGGGACAUCGACGAUCUGCCGCGGAACGACGCCAACUUCACGGCGCUCACGCCGCUCUGGUUCCUCGAGCGGGCCGCCCUGGCCCAGCCGGACAGGGCGUCGCUCCUGCACGGCCCGGUGCGGUACACCUGGGCCGACACCUACCGCCGGUGCCGCCGCCUCGCCUCCGCGCUGGCGCGCCGGUCCGUCGGCCACGGCAGCACGGUUGCCGUGAUAGCUCCAAAUGUUCCGGCAGUGUACGAAGCCCACUUUGGUGUUCCAAUGUCCGGGGCCGUGGUGAACUGUGUCAACAUCCGGUUAAAUGCCGAGACAAUCGCGUUCCUUCUCGACCAUUCCGUGGCAGAAGUUGUGAUGGUGGACCAAGAAUUCUUCACCCUGGCUCAAGAAUCCCUGAAGAUAGUAGCAGAGAAGAAGAAACAGAAUUUUAGACCUCCAAUACUUAUUGUUAUCGGAGAUCCAACUUGCGAUCCAAAGUCUCUGAAAUAUGCUCUAGGACAAGGGGCCACUGAGUACGAGGAGUUCCUGAAAACUGGUGACCCAGAAUUCAAUUGGAAGACGCCGAAGGAUGAAUGGCAGAGCAUCGCCUUGGGGUACACUUCUGGGACUACUUCAAGCCCAAAAGGUGUGGUGCUGCACCACCGUGGCGCCUAUCUCAUGGCGCUCAGUGUUGCUAUGGUGUGGGGAAUGCCUGAAGGGGCUGUUUACCUGUGGACUCUGCCCAUGUUCCAUUGCAAUGGUUGGUGUUACACUUGGGCAUUGGCUGCCUUCUGUGGAACCAGCAUAUGUCUUCGCCAGGUGAGCACAAAAGCUAUAUACACUGGCAUUAUAAAACAGGGUGUGACACAUUUCUGCUGUGCACCUGUUGUCAUGAACAACCUCAUCAACGCUCCUGCAAGUGAAACCUUCCUGCCACUCCCCCGUGUGGUCAAUGUCAUGCUGGCAGGAGCUGCACCGACACCAUCCCUUCUUUCCGCCCUGUCUAUCCGAGGUUUUCGUGUCACACACACUUACGGUCUGUCAGAAACCUAUGGCCCAUCGACAGUGUGCGCAUGGAAGCCUGAGUGGGACAAUCUCCCACUGGAGGAGCGUUCCCGUCUGCAUUGCAGGCAAGGCAUCAGGUACACUGCACUGGAAGGCCUCGACGUAGUUGAUCCAAAAACCAUGGCUCCUGUCCCUGCUGAUGGCAAGUCCUACGGGGAGAUCGUGAUGAGGGGCAACGCCGUCAUGAAGGGCUACCUGAAGAACCCCAAGGCCAAUGCUGAGGCGUUCGCGCAUGGUUGGUACCACUCCGGUGACCUUGGUGUGAAGCACCCCGAUGGGUACAUCGAAGUCAAGGACCGGAUGAAGGACAUCAUCAUCUCCGGCGGGGAGAACAUCAGCACCCUGGAGGUCGAGAAGGUGGUGUACAUGCACCCGGCUGUCCUCGAGGCCUCUGUGGUUGCCAGGGCUGACGAGCGCUGGGGGGAGUCGCCGUGCGCAUUCGUUACAUUGAAGGAAGGUUCUAACACCUCAGACGAGGCUGCGUUGGCGAGCGACAUCAUGAAGUUCUGCCGGGAGAGGAUGCCAGGCUACUGGGUGCCAAAGUCGGUGAUCUUUGGGCCAUUGCCAAAGACAGCAACGGGAAAGAUCAAGAAGCACGAGCUGAGGGCAAAGGCCAAGGAGCUUGGCCCUGUGAAGAAGAGCAGGAUGUGAGCUCUGUUGCUGAGAUGCACAUAUGUACAGAGGACAAGUGGUCGCUAGCGCCAUCGUCAAUAAGGGUUAUGCUUGGAGAUAAUUCCCAUCUGAACACUUGCAUGCAUAAUUAAGUUGUUCCGUUAGGAAAUCAACGGCUCGUUUUCGUUCAAGAAUGGAAAAGAAAAGAGAAAAGUAGAACAAGAGGCCUUGUUUCGAUGCUUUGCUGUGCUGGUUUUACUCUUCAGAUAAAUAUCCCAUGGCUUACGCUGUGUAGCCUCUUUUGUUUGUGAUCUGCAGCAACUGGAAGCAGUAAUAGUACGCCUAGAUGAGCAUAGUGUUCUGU